AUGUUUGGCAACAGCGGUAAUUCGAGGACGAGCCGCUUUCGUAGACAUGCUCGCAAAGCGCUAAUUGUGCUCCUCGUCCUAUCGAUCGUGUUCGCUAUCGUCGAGCUCGGCCUCGCGUCCUCCCUCCUCUCAUCCGGCUUCAGUGCACAUAACGAUUGGGGAAACGACAACGACGACGGCGAUGAUGGGGACGACGACGACGAUGGGGACGACGACGAUGACGACGAUGACGAUGACGACGGAGACUCCCGCCACCAUCGCGGCCUCAAAUCUUUCCGCGCGUUACGACCUGCAACCAGGUUAAUCGUAUUUUGCUGCACAUAUACCAUUCUAUUUGCCAUCCUUUUCCUCUGGGUCACUAUCAGGAGACAAAAUCGUCGCUCGUCAGGGAUAGGGAAGCACGGUAGAGGGAUUAUGGAUGGACCUAGGGAACGGGAGAGGAGCUCGCAGGUACCUUUGACGCAUGGGAAGGAGUUUAGACACGCAGGAGGCAACGAAGCGCACGAAGGGUCCGGGGCGCCACCGGAUUAUUAUUCGAGCACGGGCCUACCGAGGGAUGAUGAAGCCGGCCACGAACUAACGAGAACCAACGAGCAAGAGCUCGGUGGCCUGGCUGAGAGUGGAGUGGGAAGGAGAGGUGAGAGAGGUGGCGGUGGCGUAACUUCCAAGUCGUCGAGCUGGAUGUUCAAGGUCGCAAGGAUAUUGAAGAACGUCCUGGUAUAUGGACUCGUUUGGCUGCUUGCUUGGAUAUUUUGGAUAGCGGCUGCAGGAAGCGUUACGGCGGUCUUGGCUGGUGGGCGGCUCCGAUGUAGUUGGGAAGACGACGACGACGACGACGAUGAUGACGGAGAUGGAAACUUCGACGGAGCAUGCAGGAGGGUGAAGGCCUUAGAGGCGUUCGCUUGGAUUGAAUGGAUCACACUGACCGUUGUCCUUAUUCUGAUCCUCGUCCUGGCCGUAUGCUCUCGAGGUGGGAGUGGCAGCGGGUGGAAGGGGAUAUUGAUGCGCGGGUUGGACACUGCAUCUGAUUCGGACGAAGAACACGACGGUAGUAGUUCGAGGGAUGUUGCCCGCAGAACUAUGAGAGCGAAUUGA